UUGUAUGUUUCUUCCAUGCGCCCAGCUUAGCUCAUCCGCACGGCAUGGCAGCCGCAGCGGUGCUGUGUCCCGCCGAUGCCGCCCGCGGCCAGCCCCGUGCGUCGCCGGUCUCCGCGCUCGAGGCCAGAUUGGAGUGAAGCUUUGGAGGCCUUGCCUGCACCAGCGCAAGAUUGGGUUGAGGAAGUCAACCUCGCCACAGAGGGUUUGACGGAGGCCGUGGAGGCCAUCAACGGGAGGUCCAGACCCUUGCGAAUUGGUACGCCGUGUGCAGGCUUUGAGGCACCCUACUUUGCACUGCGGCAACUGGGCAUUCAGAACUUUGAACAGACCUUCGUGGUGGACGUCGCGCCCCAUGCUACGAAGUUCUCUCGGAACCUGCAGCAUGCCAAAACAGCUUGGCUUGGUCAGGACAAGGGCGACUUGUUGCGGCUGGAUCUCACCGUGCUGCCGGCAGUGAAUGUGCUGAUUGCAGGGCCACCUUGCCCACCAUGGUCCUGGGCCGGUCAUCGUAAAGGGGAGAAAGAUCCCAGAGCAGAAGUCUUUUGGCGGGUCAUCGACCUCAUCGCUGAGCUGGUGCGCCGCCCCGGCGACGAUGCACUGAGGUGUUUUGUGCUCGAGAACGUGGAGGGCAUCAAAUUCGAAGAUCAUCAUGGCCGUCGAGGUAUUGAUGAGGUGCUCAGGCGUUUGCGGACAUCCGUGCCAGCCUUCAAGAUCAGGAUCUAUGACAUGAACACCCAGGACUAUUCACUUCCUCAGAACCGGGCGCGUGUCUACAUCGUAGGGGUGCACAAGUCCCUCGAAGUGCGUGGACGAUCCUUUUGCACCCCGUGGGGGCCACCCGGAUGCCGUUCCGGGCGACGGCCCUCUCGCAACGGUGAGGCGGUGCAGGACUGGCUGGUUCCAAAGGACAAAGUUGCCGACCAAUUCCUGCAGGUACCAGAGCGAUUGAGAGAGAAGAAGCGGAAGUGGGAUGAAGCCCUGGCUGAGCGUGCGCCAGCUGGCUGGAGAAUCGCUUGCGCCGACAUCGACCGCCCAGUGGAGAGCAGCUUCGCACAGCUGCGCUUCGAUGGCGUCCUGGCCACCAUCACGACACAUUUCAGAAGCUGGCUGUGGCUUCGGGAGGAGCAGCUGGAGCGGCCGCUGGAGCGGUCGAUCAUGCCAAUUGAGCUGCUGCACUUGCAGGGCUUUCCUGCAAGGGAUCCCUUGUUGGCCAAAGCUCUACAAGGCUUGACCGAACAGGAGGUCGUCAUCGGAGCAGGCAAUGCCAUGAGCGUGCCUGUCAUUGGCGCAGUCUUGGCAGAUGUCUUUGUCAAGACUUUGGUGGGAAGGCUGGAUGUCGCCAUGGAGGUCUCAGACUCCGAAGACUUGGAGGAUGACUUGGGAGUGGAAACAAGCUUUCCUCGCUUCAAGUGUGGUUGCUGGCUUCAUCUCAGGAGGCUUCCUGAUGGCCCCGGAGGGCGCUUGGGUGGCGUGGGGGUGCAUUCGGGACGACGGAGCGAGAAGCUGCUCUUGGGCCGUGAUGCGAGGCGGGCAUCCGGGCUGCUGAUGGAGGCCGAGCGAGAAGGCUCUUCGGUGGUCAGCCGAGUGCAUGCAGAGAUUCUUCCAGGCCGGCAGCCAGGAGAGGCCUUCUUGCGGGACCUGGCGAGCACCAAUGGCUCGUGGGUCCUGGGCAAGGGAAAGGUGAGUCCUGAGGAUGUGGAGGGCGAGGUGUUGGCUUCGGGUGAUGAGAUUUCGUUGGGCGUUGAUCCUGGCAGCUGGCAAGGCGGUCCUGAUCCCAGUGACUUUCGGUUUCUCUUCCGCAUCGAAAUGCCCAGCCCCAAACGGCGCCGCACGGGCGGAACCGCUGACCGCCCAGCGGUUCAGCCGGACCUGCCCCAGCCCCCGCCAGCGGCCUCGCCCCGGACACUGGCGGUGGCCGCGACGAAGGACCUGCCUUCGGCCGCGGAGACCAUUGCCGCGCUGGAAGAGUUGGAAAAAGCGGCUUUGGUAGGUGCUUGGAAGGCUGAGAAAGAGGUCAAUUCUGCCCAGCCAACACUGCGGAAUCGGACCCUCCGCGGCAUCGGCGUCUCCGGGGAAGCGCGGGGGCCGCCAGUCCCGGCGGCCGCCACAGUGGAGGGUCAAGAGCUGGAGGAGAUGCUGUGGAAGGCCUCCCGCGAAGCGGAGGUCCGGUUCUUCAUGAGUUACCAAUCCUUGGCGCGCAGGGGCCGUGACGGAAGCGUGCCAGGUUUCCGAAGAUGGUUGGACGACUUGAAGCUGGAUGGCUAUGCAAAGCAAGCGCUGGUGUGGGCAGAAGAAAUGGGGGCCUCUGACUUGGAAGAGGUCCUUGAGAACCUAGAAGACUUCAUGGAGAAGAUUGGUUUGGGAGAGAAGUUGGAAGACGAGGAAGAUAUGGAGGCCUUUUAUGCCAAGGCUGCAGCUGCAGCUGAGCAGAUUCAGGUGACGAACCGUCCGAGUCUUCAUUUGAACUCCAGCGAACGCGAGGAUUUGUGGCAUUUCUGGUCUCUCCGCCGCCCCGGCGUGGAGCUCUACCGCGCCUUUGACGCGCGCGUCGCGGAGCUCGCGGAGCCCGCGGAGCCCGCUGCGGCCGCUGGGACGGGCUCCUUGGAGGAGCGGCUCUCCACGGAGCUGCGAGCGCGGCUGGAGGGAGAUCUGCAAUAUUUGGUGGUGAUGAGGGAGUACCAUGCGCUGCAUCUUCCUCGCUUGCCUUCUUUGGAGUCGUCGAACGGUACGUGGACCUUCUGCGGCGGCUCGGAGGAGUGGCUCCGCCGCGCCGACGGCGCCGCAGCGCCGGUGCCGCUGCCGCCCCUGGAGCGGGCGGUGAAACGCACCAUGCAGGAGGCGAUCCUGGGAGGACAACCGCGUGGGGCGCGGUUUUUGGAGACCUAUCUGGCCAUGGAGCGCUUUCACCCAGAGGACCUUCCGGACUCUCCCUGUGAGGUGGUGAAUGUCUCCAAGCAGGCGGUCCUUCAGGCUGUCCGAGCUGUGGCUGGUGCUGCCGGAUUGCCGGACUGGAAUCGUUCCUUUGACGAUGCGCCGGUGCCCUUGGCGAUCACACCCGAGUCGCUGCAGAAUCGUUCAGAAGUGGUGAAGCAGGUGAGAAGGUACUUCGAUCUCAUGGCCAACACUCGAGUGGCUCAAGCAGACAAGUAUUUUGGCCACGUGCUCUUCGGAUUGCUCUUGAGCCGUGUCUGCCAACGCUUCGACUUGCUGCAAGAAGCGCAGCUGCUGUCCUCCGACCUCGAGUCACAGCGAGCCCUUUUGGAGUCGCAACUCUCCCCGCUCCCGGCGGAGCAGGUGCAAAGCCGCUUGGAGAAUCGGCUUUUGGAGGCCUUCGUGCAGCGGUUGGGAUCUCAAGGCAUGGCAGAUCACUUGGUCCUCCAGCCGGAGCAAUUGCUGGCGGUGCGCCGGCACACGGAUCACAUUUUUGGGCGUGGCCUGAGGGAAGAGAUCUUCGUGCCUCUGUCCAGGGCCUCGCGCUUGGGUGCCCAGCAGGGCUUGCGCGCCGCUGGGCCGGGGCUGUGUGCUGAUCAGCUGGAGCAGAGCGCCGUGGAGGGCAGGCUGCGCAUGCUCUCGCUCAACGCGAUGGCGGCGGAGCGUUUGGCUUGGCAUGGCUUGGUGUUUGGUGCUUUGCUCGGCCAGCAUGAGCUGGCACAACGCCCAGGGGGGGAAAAGCGCAGCCGCAGCCGAGUAGGGGAAGCUGCCUGGGUCUCUCCCCUGGCUUUGAAGACCAAGAAGUUGAAGCGUGAGUGGCACGGAACUGGACUGUUCCACUUUCAUUCCUGCGAUUACUAG